AUGUUCCCAGCACUUACGAAGACAUUAUCGCUGCAAGGAUACAGGAUUAUUAACCCUCAAACGGGGUCGGCUGCGUGGUUGUGUAGUCGAAGAUGGUAUAGUAGUGACAAAGAUGACCAUGACGAUGUAGUCACAAGGAUCAAAAUCGCCCCCAUAAAAAGAACUAACGAGCCGGUAGACAAGAAAAGAGCACGGUUGAUAUACCAAUCACGCAAAAGGGGGAUCUUGGAGACGGACUUGCUUUUGUCUGGGUUUGCUGCCAAAUAUUUGAAGCAAAUGAAUGAAGAGGAACUGGAAGAAUACGAUUCACUAUUGAAUGAGUUGGACUGGGACAUUUACUACUGGGCCACAAAGAAUUUCAAAACCAGUCCCUUGCCUGACAAGUGGGCCAACUCUAAGUUACUGAAGCAGCUACAAGAAUUCAGUGAAAAUAAAGAGAAAGAAAUUUUGAGUAUGCCAGAUUUGUCCAAGUAUCAAUGA